AAAUUCCAACCCUUCUUAGACGCUUUCAUUGAAUUUCAUUGACACAAACACACCCAACCAGAAAGUGUUGAAUUAUAAAUUAAGCACUUCAUCCAAUUCAAACCUCUAGUGUAGCAAGCACUUUCCACCCACAAAACCAACCUCCUUCAUUUCCUUCAUCACAAGAUGCUGUUGUUUACCUCAUCUAGUUCCAAUAGCAUUACCACCAUCACUAUGUUAUUGUUGGUGAUGAUAAUUUCAUUUUCACACAUGAUCCCAUCAACACAAGCACAACAAGAGUAUGUGAACAACAAGCAACUAGAUUGUGAUACUCAAUACAACACCACAUAUGGCAACGUUUGCAAUAGUGUCACUUCAUGCCAAUCCUACCUCACCUUCAAAUCAUCAUCCCCUGAAUACAACACACCUUCUUCAAUCUCCUACCUCCUCAACUCCACACCCUCCCUCGUCGCUAAAUCCAACAACAUCACCGACGUCACCCCCAUCAUCACCGACACCAUGGUCACCGUCCCCGUCACCUGCUCCUGCUCCGGCGGCCGCUACCAACACAACGCCACCUACAACUUGAAGAAAACAGGGGAGACUUACUUCUCCAUCGCCAACAACACCUACCAGUCCCUCACUACUUGUCAAGCCCUCAUGGCUCAGAACCCCUACGAUGCUAAGAACCUCUUCGCCGGUGAUGACCUCCAUGUGCCUCUCCGGUGCGCUUGCCCCACCAAGAAACAGAGUGAUGCAGGGUUCAAGUACCUGCUCACCUACCUGGUUUCUCAAGGGGAGUCGCCAGAUUCCAUUGCUGAGAUCUUUGGUGUUGAUACACAGAGUGUUUUGGAUGCCAACGAGCUUGAUUCUAAAUCCGUCGUUUUCUACUUCACACCGCUGUUGGUUCCUCUUAAAACAGAGCCACCGGCGAGGUUACAGAUAGCAGCGUCGCCGCCGGAGUCUCCACCGCCAGCUCCGGCGGGUAAUGAUAGUUCCAGCUCUUCCAAGAAAUGGGUCAUCGUCGGUGUCACGGUUGGGGUUGCUGUGUGCCUCGUUGUGGCUCUUCUCGUGUUUUUCCUCUGUUUCUACAAUCGUCGCCGCCGUCAGCCGGCGCCGCCACCGGUAUCGGUUAAGGAUUUCCCGGACUCUGCCGUCAAGAUGGUGUCGGAAACCACCCCCACAACCGAAUCCUGGUCACUUUCUUCAGAAGGGGUUCGCUAUGCGAUUGAGUCGUUGACCGCGUACAAGUUCGGGGACAUACAAACCGCUACAAAGUUCUUCAGCGAAGAGAACAAGAUCAAAGGGUCUGUUUACAGAGCUUCUUUCAAAGGUGAUGAUGCUGCUGUGAAGAUUCUCAAUGGUGAUGUCUCUGCUGAGAUCAACCUUCUCAAGAGGAUCAACCAUGCCAACAUUAUAAGGCUAUCUGGUUUUUGUGUGCACAAAGGUAACACCUAUCUUGUUUAUGAGUUUGCUGAGAAUGAUUCUCUUGAUGAUUGGCUUCAUAGUGACAAGAAGUAUCAGAAUUCAGUGUCUUUAAGUUGGAUGCAGAGGGUUCAGAUUGCUUAUGAUGUAGCUGAUGCUCUCAAUUACCUUCAUAACUAUACCAACCCUAUUCACAUUCACAAGAAUUUGAAAAGUGGUAAUGUUCUUUUGGAUGGGAAAUUCAGAGCUAAAGUUUCAAAUUUCGGGUUAGCUAGGGUCAUGGAGGAUCAAGGAGAGGAUGGGGGGUUCCAAAUGACAAGGCAUGUGGUGGGGACUCAAGGUUACAUGCCACCUGAGUACAUUGAGAGUGGUUUGAUUACUCCAAAGAUGGAUGUUUUUGCAUUUGGAGUUGUGAUGUUGGAGCUUCUUUCAGGAAGAGAAGCCACAAGUAGUGGGGAAAAGAAUGGAUUAGGGGAGAACAAGAUGCUGUCAGAAACUGUGAAUCAUGUGCUUGAAGGAGACAAUGUUAGGGACAAGCUUCGAGGUUUCAUGGAUCCAACUUUGAGGGAUGAGUACCCUUUGGAUUUGGCUUACUCCAUGGCUGAGAUUGCCAAACGAUGUGUUGCCCAUGACCUCAAUUCAAGACCAAACAUUUCUGAGGUUCUCAUGACUCUGUCUAAGGUUCAAUCCACUACACUGGAUUGGGAUCCAUCUGAUGAACUCGAACGGUCCAGAUCUGUUAGCCAAAUUUCUGAAAGCUGAUAGUUGAUGCAUAUAAUAUGAUGUUUGGAAAUCAUCUUACAAUUGAUUCUGAAGCCAUAAUAAAUUCUGUGAAUAAGCUUCUGUAGAGAAGAUUCUGUAAUUCAUAAUUGAUUCUGAUGAAAAAUACGUUGAUCCUUUCAUGCUAUAUUCCUCUCAAGAAUUUUAGCAUUAUGGUAUUGGCCAAUUGCUUCAUCCCCAGGUCUCAUUUGGAGGAUUUUGUUGGCCUCUUUUGUGUCAUUACAUAACUUGCAUUGCUGGUUCAUGGACUAGAACUAUUGGAUCCACUGCUGCUGAAUUCUUGUGGUUACAGCAACUUCUUAAGGAGCUACAAUUUUCAUUACCUAAAGUUCCAUGUAUUUUUUCAAAUAACAUCAAUGCUACUUAUGUGUGCUUAAAUCUUGUCUUUCAUUCUCAUAUGAAACAUGUUGCAAUUGACUGUCAUUUUGUACAUGAUCUUGUUGCUCAAACAGAAUUUCAAAUUGCUCAUGUUCCAUCUAGUCAUCAAUUGGCGGAUUUGCUCACAGAAACCACUUUCUGGACCAAGCCACAAUUUUCUAAAGAACAAGAAAAUUGGUGUUCUCUCUGCCUCCACCAUCUUGAGUGGGCAUAUUGGAGUACUGACUUAGUCUAAGAUGUUGAUGUCUCCUUUAAUUUUCUAUUGUUUAUCUGUCAUAACAAAUAGCAAGAUUCUUAGAUACUCUUAUAGGAUAUAGUUUAGUUAUAUUUGAAUUUGAUUGUGCAACAAACUGGUAUGUUGUUGCUGUCAUGUGUGUAUAUAUGUUACCUCUGCUCUAUUGUUAAUUAAUGAAAGAUAUACCAGAUUCAUUUAA